AUAGAACGGAUGUGAAUUUCAAAUUCGUGUGCUUUUUUGUUAUUGUCGUCGACAUCGUCAUACUGUCAUCCACUUAUGUGUUGUCGUGUUUACUUUUGUUAUUUUUCCACUGUUCAUUGUCCUAUUCCUGACUCUUGAUCGCUUUCAGUCUUUUAACAAAUAUCUGAAAGAUAACGGGUGCACAGUCGAAAGAAACGAGAUAUUUUCUCUAUUUACCAAUUAAUUAGAUCACAAGAUUUAUUAAAUUUAAUCGUGAUCAACGGUAACUCUGAAAAUACGGUCUUCAGUCGAUUUUAUUCAUACAUGAAUAUAUAAGUGAGAGAAUGUAUGAAUGCCGAGAUAAAAAAAAAUAAAAAUCAAAUCGAUAUUCGGCAAUAAACAUUAUACAUUUUACAUGUCUUAUAAAAAUGUGCAUUAAUUUCAUUAAGACCAUUGACAUUUUUGUUUGACAAACAUAAUUCGAAGUGGAAAUUUAUGGAUUCGUCUCUAAUUCCAGUAUGAUAUGAGGCAAUUUGCAUAAAAUGUAAUUGAAAAUUUAAAGAAAUUAAAAAAACAGACAGUAAUUAUAAUAUAUAUUAGAUAAAAGAUAAAUUAAAGUGAAAACAAAUAUCUUGCAUGUGAGUGACUGAUGAAGAGAAAUAAAAUUAUAAUUUUGCAUUUUAAAUGGAAAAACUAAUGAAAUUCGCGGGAAAUCAAUUAACCGAUUUAUACCUUUUCAAUACAAGUAAACACAUUUGAUCUAUUGUUUGUUAUUGAAUAGAACAAUGAAGCCGAAUCUCGUCAAUAAAAUUACAGCAAUAGCAUUGUGUCAAUAAUGAGGAAGUAAAUAAACCAAUGAACACAUUGAUUGAGAUACAGUCCGUUUCCCAUAGUGUAAACGCUCACAUUUUUAUAGAACAGAAAAUAGUGACCAUUUGCAAGUCUUACACUGUUUAAUUAUUUCAACGAAAAAGCCAAAGCGGUGGUAAUUUUUUUUGUUUGAGAGAGUGUAAUCAAACAUAAAAUUCAUGGUGAACCAAUAACAAAAAAAAAUAUAACUGCCGCUACCAUUUUAACACAACACACAACUAAAUAACAGAAGACAAGUCAAUUUUGAGGCCUUUGUCAAAAUUUUAUGGGAACGACAACGAUUCAAGGAAAACAAAAAAAAAAAAAAACAAACAAACAAAAACAUCAUUUAACAACGGAAAUCGAUUUAGCGGGAAAAUUUACUAAAAGAAAUUCGACGCUGUCUCAGGAUGAAAGUCUGAUAUGGCCGAAGGUAUUGAAGAAACUGAAACAAAUAGCAGUUCAGGUGCUGGUGAUGCAACAACAAGUAUGCUUAGCGCAGCAAUGCCAUGCGAAGUACAUGAAUUUGACACAUAUCAUCAUCAGGCUAUCAAACGAUCCGUUUCGACAUCACCAACUCCAAAAAUAAUGUCACUUAUGCAGCAGGGCGUUCGAAAAAUUCAUGAGCAAUCUGGUAAAUUUGAAUCAAUGUCACAAUACUUACAACAACAUCACAUUCAUCAACCACGAAAAUCGAUCGCAACAAAGCGUAAACAAUCGACUGACGAUGUCGAAGUGGACAGCCCAAAACAGCAAACAUCACAUCAUGAUGAAGAUCAAUUGUCACAAUCAUCAUGCUCAUCUUUAGCACCAGUGUUAUCACCACUUAGAAAGCUCAAAUCAGAGUUGUCAGGACAUGGUUACGUAAAAUGUGAAAAUUUAUCCCCCACACAAAUGAUGGACAGCGAACAAGAAGAUGUAGAACACAUUCGAAUAGAUGAUCAAGUUAAAGUGACCAGCAACUUGUUGGACGAAAAGGGUUUGGAGCAAUCUACAGAUGAAGAUAUUAUUCAAGAUGAUGCCGAUCCAAUUAUUCUUGAACCAUCACAGGAUGUUGCAAAUCUAUUAAAUAGUCAGAAUGCGUUAGCAGCUGCAGCCGCCGCAGCAGUUGUGGCUGCAAAUUCGACGCCAACAGAACGUUUGACACCGGAAAUGCAAGAUGCACGAUUAAAACUAUCAUCGGCUGCUGUUGCCCAUAUCAAUGGAACUAUGCAAAAGAUGUUUAAUUUUCAAAAUUUACAAAAUUUGUCAUCAAUUCAACAACAAAAACUAACAUUUGUUGACCUGGCUGGUUUGACAUCGGCUUCAACAUGCUUGAAUUCACCAUUGAAUUUAAGCUUGAGCUCCGCAUCACAUUCGGAUCCAAGUCAUAUUAAUGCAUCAGACUGUAGUACAUCAAUGGUUUCCGAACUGGCAAAAAAUCUUUGUGGAACAACACCUGAAAACUAUUCGCCACAAAUGCCACAGCUUAUAUUGGCUUCGGGAGGUCAAUUAAUGCAAGGUGUUCAAGUUGCACAGCUUUUGAUACCAUCCUCUCAAGGCAUCUCAACCCAAACAAUUUUAACGAUACCGGUAAGUCAGCAAGUGAGUUCAAAUGAACAAUUAGCUCAAACGUUGGCUGCCUUAAAUAAUUGCUCUACAAAUCAACAAGUGCAUCAACAUCAAAAACAGCAAUCAUCUCAUCAAAUGCCAAAUCUUAUGAGUUCGCCUGCGUUGAUUACUCAACCAUCACAACAAAAACCACAAGGUCCAUUAAAUGUGAACCUUUUUUCAUCCGGUGUGCAAGAACUAUUGGCUGCCAUUCAACCGAAUCUCUUCAAUAUGCACGAACAACAAUCUAGCCACCAUCGGCGUCAUUCAAUGUCUACCAAUAGCCCGAGUCCAAAUUACAUGCAAACUUGUACCAAUGAAAGCACUAACAUUUCUAUUCAGACACCCAAACACAGCCCACUUCGGAAUUCGCACAUUGAAAAUCGGUGA